CCCACCCCCGAUCUCCCCCAGAUGCAGAUGAAGUUCCUGGUGGAGCAGAUGAGACGCCCGGAUUACAUGGAAGCUCUGCAGGGCUUUGUCUGCCCCCUGAACCCCGUCCAUCAGCUGGGCAACGUUCGGCUGGACGAAUGCAGGAUCAUGUCAUCGGCCAAGCGGCCGCUCUGGCUCAACUGGGAGAAUCCGGACAUCAUGUCAGAGCUGCUCUUCACCAACCAUGAGAUCAUCUUCAAGAACGGGGAUGACCUCCGGCAGGACAUGCUGACGCUGCAGAUUAUCCGGAUCAUGGAGAACAUGUGGCAGAACCAAGGACUGGACCUUCGGAUGCUGCCCUACGGCUGCCUGUCCAUCGGGGACUGCGUGGGGCUGAUCGAGGUGGUGAAGAGCUCCCACACCAUCAUGCAGAUCCAGUGCAAGGGCGGCCUGAAGGGGGCGCUGCAGUUUAACAGCCACACCCUGCACCACUGGCUGAAGGACAAGAACAAGGGGGACAGUUACGACGCGGCCAUCGACCUGUUCACCCGCUCGUGCGCCGGGUACUGCGUGGCCACCUUCAUCCUGGGCAUCGGCGACCGGCACAACAGCAACAUCAUGGUGAAGGACGACGGGCAGCUCUUCCACAUCGACUUCGGCCACUUCCUGGACCACAAGAAGAAGAAGUUUGGCUACAAGCGGGAGCGGGUUCCGUUCGUCCUCACCCAGGACUUCCUCCUCGUCAUCAGCAAAGGGGUGCCGGAGUGCACCAAGACCAAGGAGUUCGAGAGGUUCCAGGAGAUGUGCUACACGGCCUACCUGGCCAUCCGGCACCACGCCAACCUGCUGAUCAGCCUGUUCUCGCUGAUGCUGAGCUCGGGGCUGCCGGAGCUGCAGUCCUUCGACGACAUCGCCUACCUGCGCAAGACGCUGGCGCUCGACAAGUCGGAGCCGGAGGCGCUCGAGUACUUCACCAAGCAGAUGAACGAAGCCCACCACGGCGGCUGGACCACCAAGAUGGACUGGAUCUUCCACACCAUCCGCCACAUGCCCCUCAGCGAGGCCGGGCACGACUGAGGGGCCCACCCCCCGCUCCGGGCCUCGCCCUUCCUGGGGGGUGGGCCUAAGGCUUCUGCCUGCCCCGCCAGCUAACCCUCGCUUCUUGGGCAUUUGGGUGAUACAGGGGCGGAGCCAGGUCCUUAAGCCCCGCCCAUCCUGGAGGGGGAUGGGCUGUGAGCGAGGUGGGGGGAGGGUGUAGAGACUCAUGCCUGCUCUGGGCAGAGGGUGGGGCCAAGCACGUAAGCCCCACCCCCUUGGGCGGGGCCGGAGGUGAGCCUGGUGAGCUGCUUCUGGGUGUGCCCAGGUGAGGGGGGUCUUCCAGCUCCAUCCUUUUCAGAGGAGGAAGUGAGGGGCGGGGUCAAAUCCAUUAUGCCCCUCCCCUUGGGGGGAGGGCAGAUGCCAGAGAGCCUUAAGCCCCUCCCCCUGUGCACUGAGAGGGGCGGGGCAAAGAGGGGGUGAACCGUCCCCCAGAGAUUCCUGCUGUUUGGGGCGCUGGAGGGGAGUCCUGCCCCUUUGACCUCUGACCCCCUUGGUAAUUUGGGGGGGCAGUAAAGGGGGAUUUAGCCCCUGUUUUUGAGGGGGCAACAGCUUGUGUCCCCCUCCCCCGAAAUCUUCCAAUGUACCUGAGCAGCACCCAGACCCUGCCCCAUCUGAUACUUGAAUCUUGCCCCCAUCCCAAUCUGCCGGGGGUGGGGCAGGCGUGGGGGGCAGGGCAGAUACUUGAAAUUUUUGCCUGGAGAAUUUUUUUUGUUCUUGUUGCAAAAAUACAAUUUUUUAAAAAGCCCGAACUGGCCCCGAACUGCUGGGGAUAGAGGGGGGCGGGUCAACAUGGGGGGCGGGCCGCCCCAGUGAGCUUUGCUGGUGCGGGCUGGAACCAGAGGGGACAGGCCCAGUGCCCCAUUCCCUGCCCCCCCCAUGCAAGGGAAAUCUGGGGUGGGGUGCAGGGUCCCCUGGAAAUAGACACAGGGAGCUGUAGCAUCCAUUUUUAUUGAGCUUUCGGGCUCCAGGGGUGGGGUGGGAGGGGCGACACCUGCCCAGCGGGCCCUGGCCUGAGGGACCCCCCCACACACACACAUUAGGGCAGGGGGAAAUCAGGCACAGAGACAGGCUACGUAGAGAGCUCAGGAGCGAACCCAGGAGUCCUGGCUCCCAGCCCCCCCUGCUCUAACCCACCAGCCCCACACUCCUCUCCCAGAGCCGAGGAGGGAACCCAGGAGUCCUGAUGCCAGAGGCUGCAGCCCCAUCGCUCUGGGGAUUAAUUUUUGGGGGGUGCUGGGGGGGGAAACCGUGGUGGGGAGCCGGACCAUGAUUGGUUGCUGGGGAUGCUGAAUGUCCAUUGGUAACGGGGGCGGGCGGGGGGGGUAUAGAAGCUGGUGCUUCCAACAAAGGGUUAAAUCUAUCGCGUAG